AUGCGGUGUUUUCCGGGUCGGUCGGUUAGGUUCUGUCAGGGUUUCGUCACAGUAUUGGCAUUGGUGGAUAGCAUCGGAACACAGCCGGGUCAGUGGGCUCGUAGUUUGUUCUUCCAGGGUAUGGCCGAGGACAGUGAAGCUCGUCAGCUGGAACGCCUUCUUCGAGACGGCGACGAUGAGGAAAUCAUCAAGUGGUUUGAAUGGCACGUAAUUUCGGUUCGAUGUCCCAUCAUUGGUCCUGCUGUGACUCGUGGAACCGUGGAAGAACGCGAACAAAUAAGUGACUUAGGUUUCGCGGAUGUGUGUGAAUGGUUAAUUUCGUGUAAAAGCACGGAAGGUGUGAGUGCAGUGGUCUCCCGUUUAAAAGAAGCCUACAACACACUUGUCUUGCCUCAGUCUUGGCUUAAAUCACAAUACCAAUUAACCGAUGAGUGGGCCCCAAGCAGCAUCUUUCAGGACGGUGGGCGUCUACGAUCAGCUGCGGCUGUAGCCGGUUGGGCUUACUACCUGGACAAGAGAGCUGGUAUGUCACCGGAUGCGAGAGUCCGGUGUCUGUACGUACUCGCUCGAUGGCAUACCGGACAAGCAUUCAGGUACGCACUGGCAGAGCUCAAAGAAUAUUCGCCGGUAUUCACGAUGGACGAAAGACGGCGGAAGCUACUACAUCGUUUCAGUCAAUCUGUAAUGCAUUGGAUGGACAGUGUCAGCAACACUGGUAGCUAUCAUGGAGAUUGCGUAAGUAAAAGAAUGACUACAGACAUGGAUGCUCUCGCGUCCCAACUUUCACGGGUGCGUGCUGACUCCGAUGUCAGCCGAGCGAGGAGGUUGUACGAGGAUAGACUCAUGGGCUGGAUUCAAAACACGACCCUACGAGCAUCGAGGAUUCGUAACGUACAAUAUCGUGCCAUAUAUCACCACUGUUUUGAACGGUUGGUCUCCGCUUGUUUCUCAGGCUUGAUAUCAUGGGACAUAUCUGGAACGAACUCUCUCACUGAAGCUCACUUCCCUGUCGGACAAAAUACCGGGUUUGAUCGCAACAGACCUGGCCAACAUGCCCUGCGUGGGCCCCUGUGGCUGGAGGAGCAACUCGCGCGUCGGUUGGUCCGGAUGCUCAUCGAUGAACAUGCCAUCGAAACGUGCACAACAUAUACUGACAUCGUGCGCUCUGUGCUCGAAAAAAAGUCAUUCAAAUUUUCCGUAUCCAAAGACAGGUUCCGUCAGCUCUACGAUAAGGCUCUAGAUGAGAUGCUCGGCCGAGUCAUAACUGACGAGGUGUACGACUACGUUUGGAGAGUCAGCUGUGGCGCAAUCGUAAGACUAUACGAGAUGUCUGCAGCUGUUGUAAGUUGUAUCUCCGAUGCCUCAACCCGGUCUUUAUCCGACCCUUCAACCCAGUUGAGUUGUCCCGGUCUUAAUCCUUCAAGCGGUCUUAAUCCUUCAAGCGGUCUUAAUCCUUCAAGCGGUCUUGGUCCCUGA